AUGGCUGGUGACGGCAACGUUACCCUCGCCUCGAACGUGCUCGGCACAAUUGCCACCGUGCUCUGGUGCAUCCAGCUCAUACCUCAGAUCUGGUAUAACUGGAAACAAAAAGACACGGAGGGGGUGCCGCAGGUGAUGAUGUUGCUUUGGGCUUCUUGUGCUGUUCCAAUGGGCGCGUAUUUAAUUCUUCAGCAAGUGAACCUCCCCCUGCAAAUCCAGCCGCAGAUCUUUGGGUUCUUUGCGCUGGUCAGCUGGGGCCAGAUCCUAUAUUAUACCCAUCACUUCCCUCUCCUCCGAGUAGUGGUCCUAGUCCCCGGGACCGCAGCGGUGUUUGGGGCCAUCGAGGCUGCGUUGAUUCUCGGACUUAGGAUACCCUAUAAGCAUGGAGUCACUUGGCCGGAUCUCCUGGUUGGAAUCAUUGCUGCGAUCCUUCUCGCGGCUGGAUUGCUUCCGCCUUAUUUCGAGUUGUGGAAGCGUGGUGGACGGGUGAUUGGGCUUAAUUGGUUAUUCCUGGGUACAGACACUAUGGGAGGACUUUUCUCGCUUUUUGCACUGGCUGCACAAGGCACAUUCGACGUGCUUGGAGGAAUCAUGUAUCUGAUCGUGGUUCUCCUGGAAGCAGGCAUUUUCCUCAGCCAUAUCAUCUGGCGCAUUCGGUACCGGAAACUGCUGAGGGAAGCUAAAACCACAGGCAGGAGUAUUGAUGAGUUGCUGGAGGAGAGACAGCGGAUGGAAAAAGAGUCUGAAGUUGGGCUGGAAAAGGUGGAAUUGCCGAUGAAUUCGUUUCUCCCUGCAGCGCCAGUGGGCGCAAAACGAGGCUAA